CCUGCUUGCCGCGGAGACGGCCUCGGGCCCGAGCGAGGAGCCGGAGCCCUGCGCCAUGCCGCGGGAGAGGAGGGAGAGGGAUGCGAAGGAGCGGGGCAGCAUGAAGGAGGAAGGCGGCACGGAUUUCUCCGUUCGCUCCAGGAAGAGGAAGGCAAAUGUGGCCGUUUUUUUGCAGGAUCCAGAUGAGGAAAUUGCCAAAAUUGACAGGACUGCGCGAGGCCAGUGCGGCGGUCAGCCUUGGGACAGCAACACAGUCUGUGCAAACCCCUGCUCCUUGAUCCCCACACCUGACAAAGAGGAGGAUGAGCCAGUGUACCCGAAUUCUGCAUGCAAGCCUCAGAGUUUCACACCGUCCAGAGCUUCACCGCUGCCUAUACUGAACUGGGCAAAUAGAGAGGAAGUUUGGAGAAUCAUGUUAAACAAGGAAAAGACGUACUUAAGAGAUCAGCACUUUAUGCAGCGACACCCUCUUCUGCAGCCUAGAAUGCGCGCAAUUCUUCUGGAUUGGUUGAUGGAGGUGUGCGAAGUCUAUAAACUUCACAGGGAGACAUUUUACUUGGCACAGGAUUUCUUUGAUCGGUACAUGGCAACACAAGAAAACGUUGUAAAAACACUUUUACAGCUUAUUGGGAUUUCAUCUUUAUUUAUUGCUGCCAAACUUGAGGAAAUCUAUCCUCCCAAGUUGCACCAGUUUGCUUAUGUUACAGAUGGGGCUUGUUCAGGAGAUGAAAUUCUCACCAUGGAAUUAAUGAUCAUGAAGGCUCUUAAGUGGCGUUUAAGUCCGCUGACCAUCGUGUCCUGGCUGAACGUGUACAUGCAGGUCGCGUAUCUGAGUGACGUGCAUGAAGUGCUGCUGCCGCAGUAUCCCCAGCAGAUCUUCGUGCAGAUCGCAGAGCUUUUGGAUCUCUGCGUCCUGGAUGUCGACUGCUUAGAGUUUUCUUGCGGUGUGCUUGCUGCUUCCGCCUUGUAUCACUUCUCUUCCUCUGAACUGAUGCAGAAGGUUUCAGGGUAUCAGUGGUGCGACAUAGAGAGCUGUGUCAAGUGGAUGGUCCCGUUUGCCAUGGUCAUAAGGGAGACGGGGAGCUCAAAACUGAAGCACUUCAGGGGGGUUCCUGCUGACGACGCCCACAACAUCCAGACCCACAGGGACAGCUUGGACUUGCUGGACAAAGCCCAAGCAAAGAAAGCCAUAUUGUCCGAACAGAACAGGAUUUCUCCUCUCCCCACCGGGGUCCUCACCCCCCCACCCAGCAGUGAGAAGCAGAGCGGUGGGCAGGGGACCGCGUGACACACCAGCGUCCUCCACCAAAGACAGUCGCGCACAAGUGCCUGCUCCGAGUUCUCCUCGUCCGCUGCAGCGGAGGCGUGCGUUAGCUUUUACAGGUGUUUAAGUGGAAGAGCGCAUCUCUUCCCCAGCAGAAGUAUUUCUGUGGAUGGCAUUGGACAGGGAGAAGUGUUUUUUAUUGAAUGCUUAGAUUUUUUAAUAAGUGGGUCAAGUACACCAGCCACCUCCAGAACACCAAUGAGUGCUCCAGAUGCUGCUAAGGAGGGUGAUACUUGACUUGAUUGACUGUUCACACAAACAACAAAGGCUUGAAGUGAGGAGCGCGCCGCUGCUCUCCCUCAGGUGUUCUGGCUCGCGUGGUGCUAAGUGAAACAGGUGGUGGUGAGCAUCAUGGUGCAGAGCCCACCGCCAGCCCGCGGGGCCUGCCCUCGCCACACUAUCAGUGACAACGUACAACGCCUUUUAUGAACUGUCGUAAGUGCUGCUAUGUCUGUCCGUUUUUAAUAAAGAUAAUACUGUCU